AUGGAGCAAGAGCAGAAAGAUGAUGGAGGCGAUGCCGUUGGAGAAGGCAAGGGAGAAGAAGGUAGGAGGAAAAAUAGAAAGAAGUUGAAGGCGAGGGUGGAGAAGAUAAAGGUGAGGGUGAAGGAGAAUGAUGGCGGGGGUGGAGUAAAUAAUGAAAGAGGGGAUAAAGGAGAAGAUGGGGAGGGUGGAGGAGAAUGUAAAGCUGAGGGUGGAGAAGAAGAAAAAAAAAGCAGAAGAAGAAGAAGAAGAAGGCGAGGCAGUGGGAAAGUCGUAGCAGCAACGGUGACGAUGGCGUACGCACUACGCAGCUGUGAUGGAACAGUGACGGCGAAGCUGGGCGGAGAAGCGACCUUUUACGCCUAUCGCGGCAUCGGGCCAACGGAGGCGGCGGCGGCGGCGGCGGCGGCGGCAACAGCAUGCGCGGGAGCCGCUCUUCUUUUGCUUGCGUUGCUCAUUUUCCUUCGGUUUGCCAGAGGAAUGGAAUGCAUUUUACAUCAUGAAAUACUUCAAAAAUAUUUAGCUGGUAUGCGUUAA